AUGGAAGUUUGCGAAGAAAUUGGAAAAAAAUAUGAGUUUAGUGGCAUUAUUGCGGCUCAUCUUUCUGAUGUAAAAUGUAUUGUUGCAACCAAUUUAGGACAGAUAAUUUCUGGUAGUCGUGAUGAAUGCGUUAAAGUUUUCUCAGAAAGAAAUAACAGUUACGUGGAAGACGUAUCAUUGACAAAUUUUGAAAGAUUAGCAGUUAAUGCAAUAGCAUUUUAUCAAUGUACAAGAUAUGGAUGGUUAAUUUUUGCUGGUCGUAAGGAUGGCUCAAUCGCGGUAUAUGCAUCCAAUAACGAUAAACCGAUACGUGUGUUGCGUGAACAUAAAAUGAAUGUUUGUACGCUAUAUGUUGAUGCUGAAAAUGGAAAAUUAAUGAGUGGCUCGUGGGAUAAUAAUGCAAUAAUUUGGCCAAUUCAGGAAAUCAUUAGCGGUUCGGAUUUUAAUGCACUCUGUUUAGUAGGUCAUAAAUUGUCUGUUUGGGCAGUCGUCUCCAUACCUGAAAGAUCCGACUUUUGUCUCACUGGUUCAGCGGAUUUGACAAUUAAAUUUUGGAAAGGUGAUAGUGAAGUAAACUCAUUUUCUGGUCAUGAAGAUGUUGUACGAGCCCUUGCAGUAUUAUCGAAGCAUAGAUUUCUUUCUGCUGCCAAUGAUUUCACGAUUCGCUUAUGGGAUAUCGAUUCUGGUAUUUGCCUUCAAAAAUAUAGUUCAUUAAGUGGCGAAUAUAUAUACAGCUUGGCACAUGCUAACAUAUCAGGACAUAAUUUGAUAGCUAAUUCUGGUGAGGGUGGUUUCCUGGAAAUAUGGGAUGUGAAUGAUGAUGGUUCACUAACUCACAAACAGUUGAUUAGGACGCCAGCACAAAGUCUUUGGUCUCUUACAUUCUUAAAAAAUGAUGAUAUCGCAGUUGGUGCUGAUGAUGGCAAUAUUUAUAUUUUCUCUACCGUUGCAAAUCGAAAAGCAGAUGCUAAUGCGAUGGGAUCAUUCCAGUGUGCUGUUGCUAAGAAGAUUGCUGAGGCCGAAGCAAUUCUGGCUGCUCAGCAGAAUGAAAUAGUUAAAAUCAAAGUAGCAUUGGAUGAUGGAGAACCUCAUAUCGAGUUGCGAUAUAAAAAAGGAUCAGAUCCAUAUGAUGCUGCGCAAACGUUUUUGAUGGAGAACAAUUUGCCUGCAUCGUAUAUGAAUGAAGUUGCGCAAUAUAUUAUCGAGAAUAUACCAGAAGCACGUCAAGCAACUAAUAAGAAAAUGGCGCAGACACAGUCGACUCAAAAAAAAUGGGACUAUGUAUUUGAUGUAACAACCGAAGAUGGGCGAGUUUUGAAAUUACCAUAUAACGUGGGUGAAGAUACAAAUUGGGCAGCGCAGCGUUUUAUUGAGAAACACAAUCUUCCUAUAAAGUUUUUGGAGAAAGUCUCUACGCUUCUUCGUCUUCAAGUUCCUAAGACAUUUGACAACGCCAACAGUGGUGGAAUUGGCAAUUUCAGUGAUCCCUUCACAGGAGAGCGUUAUAUUCCUGGUGCAACCGAAAAUCGUCAAACUUCAAAUGGGGUAAGAUCUGUAGCGGAUCCUUUUACUGGCGGAAAUGCAUACGUUUCAAAUUCUACUGCAAUGAUGUCAAAUGUUCAUUCACCGAUCGAUAAAAAACGCCCACGUAGUGAACUUGUCCCACUACCCAAUUUCUUUCAAUUUGGUAUCGAGCAAUCCUCAAGUAAAGCGAUCACAAAACUCAGAGAAUUAAACGAGAUGCAA